ACUACCCUGGAACCUUGCAACUCUUAAGGAAUUGUCAGAAUGCAUAUGUCUGUCUGUAAAGCUCAUAUAAUACAGAUGUUGUUGGAAGACAUAUAAGUUUACUUCCGGUGAUUUUACACUAAUUUCAUUUGCCCCAAAAUUAAAUCUUGACAAACAUAACAUCGUUGGUGUGUGUUUUAAUCUACUGAGUGUUGAGAUGAGCCAAGACCCGUUAAUGAUAUUGACCUUGCUUUGCAUGAUGGGAGGUGGCAGCAGGCCUUAGGAGUUAGGAGCUAUAAUAUCAUGGAAACUUGAACUGUACCGUCCUUUCUGUAUGGCGUAAACUUCCUAAUAAUCUUGGCAAUUUAAGAUCACAGUUUAGUUGCUCUAAAAAUGUUGGAAGUCCACUAUGUUUUGCUGAUUUGGGUCACAAAAUUGAACUUCAAGGAUUUUUGAACUGCAAAUAACCCGACCACUAACUGAAACGGGUGCCAAGUGCCUGUUGCAGAGCAGUUCAUGUUGACGUCUGAUGUAGCAAAGCCUAGCCAUGCCUACUGUGUUUCCUUAUGAACAGUAAAUAAUAAACAUGAUUUAUGGGGUGCCUAGCUUAUGAGCUAUAUAAAUCUUUGUUCUGCACUACAUGUGGAGCUGUAAAUGGGCUGAAUAUUCUUUUAUCAUAUUACCUAUAGAGUGUUCUACUUGCACUGUCUGCAGGGUUCAUCCCGCAAAUUCAUUUUGCCCACACACCUCAUCCAUAACAACUUCAUAACCACAGGCUUUGUCCGUUGAUACCAGAAGCGAAAGCACCAGCAAUCAAAGUCAUUCCCAAUCAACAGCACAUCUCCCAUAGAUGGUAGAACAGACGUGCAAAGCAAAAGAAGAUACCUGAAGUAAAGGGUCUGGACAUGGUUCUGAACUUAAGAAACACUCAAACAAUACAUUCCUCAAUGGAAUUCUACCAUCCUUGCCAGCUCAAGAAAAUGAAAGAGAAGACUAGCUAGGCUUACGUUUCCCAUCCCACGUUAUGCUUUUGUCACGUCAUCUCGCUCACCGAGAUUUUCCGGCCCUUUUUGUCAGACAGCGCGGAUUAGAUCAUUAGAUGCCAGAGCAGACAUGCAAAGCAAAAGAGGAUGAUAAUUGAUACAUGAAGUAAAGGGUUCGGACAUGGUCCUAAAAUAAAGGAACACUCAAAGAGUACAUUCCUGAUUGGAAUCAUUCCAUGCUUGCCAGCUCAAGCAAAUGAAGGAGUAGAAGACAAACUAGCUAGGCAAUGCUGUAUAGGUUCUUUUUUCUUUUUGAGAAGAGGCCAGAAAAAGUUUAGAUGCAUGCUUGAUAACCAUAAUGCAUUGUCAUGUGUCCUCUUUGGCUAUGCUCCUAGCUCCUCCAUUCUCUCGGUUGACCCUUUACUUCAUGCACAAGCACAGCCAAUAAUACAAUAAUAGCUUGCUGGACACACACCGGCAGCAGCUGCGAUGGCUGAGCUCGCGUCUGGCGCCGUGAGCUCGCUGCUGGGCCUCCUCCGAAACGAGGCGCUGCUGCUGAGCCGCGUCGGGAGCGACUCGGAGUUCAUCAAGGAGGAGAUGGAGAGCAUGCACAGCUUCCUGGAGCACCUGUCCAGGACAGUGCCUCCUGCCGGGGGCGGUGGGCACGACGAGCAGGUGCGCACAUGGAUGAAGCAGGUCCGGGACCUGGCCCAUGACUGCAGCAACUGCAUCGACCUCUACCUCCGGCGCGGUGAUCCGGCGGUCUACCGUGCCAGGGCCGGCCGCUGGCGCUACCUCUGGUGGGCUUCCUGGUUGGUGCAGAGGAUGGUCGCCCAGCACAAUGCGGCCAUUCGGCUGCGUGAGCUCAAGGAGCGGGCACGUGACGUAGGCAACCGUCGGUUGCGGUAUGGCGUGGAGAUCCCGCGGAAGGAGGCGGCGGCAUCUUUGCCACCGUCGUCGUCUCAAGCUGCUGCCACAGAAUACAAGGAGGAGGACGACUAUCAGAUUCAAGUGGCCGACGGUUCUGAUCCCCAUCAAAGGGCUCUAGAACCUCGCCUUGUAGAGGAGUACUGUGCCGAGAAGCUAGCCAACUGGCAGGAAUUGCAAGCCAAAACCAACAACUGUAUAUCCAUGGCAUCCAUCGCCAUUGUUGCGCCGGAUGAUACAAAGGGUGCUGGUACCGUCGCACAUGACUCUUUGAGGUUUGCCGCCAACAACUUUGAGCGCACGAUCUGGGUCAAUCUCUCGGCAUUGCACUUCCCAUGGGAUCUUCCUCUGUUACCCAGGGAGAUCCUCUCCUACAUCCUGCAUGAAUGUGGGCAGCAGGAAGUCACAGGCGGACAAAGCGAGGUUAAUAAUCCUCGGGAAGGUUACAAUUACAAAGCAGGACUCGAGUUCGAAAUGUGGAAGAUGGUUAAUAAUGGAGAAAUCCGCGACAAGAUUGAUCAAAUCAGGAACAAGGUUCGAGAAGUUGGCAAGGGGGAGAUUGGAGGAGUGGAUAGAGGGAAGGUUGAAGAAAACAAGUGCUUAGGCAUAUUCCACCAUGCGCUGCGGCUCGUGCUGAACACGCCGGUUCAGCCACUAUCCUCAGAGGGGACUAUAGAGGAAACUGCUUCAUUGCUGAAAGAUCAUAUGGAAACAGGCGAGUCCAAGACCCAGAUUCAUCUCGAUAAUAGCCAAUAUGAAGAUAUCCUGCGCAAGGUGUUCCCGACAAACAAGCCCCUGCAGUCCCAGCAGACCCAGGAAGCCACCACCAGUAGUGCUACUACACUGAGCGAGGCUCACAUCAAAGAAAUCAUCCACAACCACAAGAUUACUCUAGACAUCAUAUUGGGGCUGCUUCCCAAGCCACAGCUACUGGAAGGCACCUCUACCAAGGAACAAGCCAUUGAUGCUGCUGCUUCUGUCUCCAAGGAGAUAUCAGGGGAGGCGACCGGUUCUGCUGCUGCUGCUGCUGUUAUCAAAGAAACCAAGGAGAAAACGAAGGAGGUAUCAGAGGAGGUGACCAGUGCCAUUGCUUCUGCUGUCAUCGAAGAAACCAAGGAGAAAACGGAGGCAUCAGGGGAGGUGAGCAGGGAUAUUGCUGCGGCUGUUGUCAAUCAAACCAAGGAGAAACUCAAGGAGCUAUCAGCGGAGGUGACCAGUGCUAUCGCUGCUGCUGUUAUCAAGGAAACCAAGGAGAAAAUGAAGGAGAUGGACAUUACCGGUGCUAUUGCUGCUGCUGUCAUCGAAGAAGCAAAGGAAAAGAUGAAGGGAAUAGUAUCAGGAGAGGUUGAGGCGACCAGUGAUGUUGCUGCUGCUAUCAAUGAAACCAUCAAAGAAACCCUGGAAAAAAUGUCGCAGAUCCCGUGGAGGAUUCGGGGUCUGCUGUACACCAAAGGGAUAGUGGAUAAGAUUAAGCCGCGUCUGGAAAAUAAGAAGACCCUGAUUAUCCUCCAAGAUGACAAAGACUAUGUUUCAGCCGAUUUUCGGUGGGAGGAGACCAGAAAUGCUUUGAAUUUGUUAGGCUGUGCACCUGGCAGCGCAGUGAUUGUGUCCACAAAGAAUAGUCAAAAGGCCAAAGAUUUUUGCUAUCCACCAGGAGAGCCAAUAACCUGUUCUCUAGUUGGACUCUACCAUGAUACCGUGCUCCAGCUUAUAAAGCCACGGAUGAAUAAUGGAAAUGAUGGCGACAUCGCAGGAAUUCUCCGUGAAAUCUUGGCCAAGUGCCAUCCACAUGAGUUCUGCAUGAAGAUCUUCGCAUACGCUCUUUACGCUAAUCCCAACAGGAGCUAUGAAGAACUGUGCAAGUUAAAUGAAGAUCUGGUUCCUGCCAAGACAUUUGGCACUAGAGCUAAGAAUAUGAUCAAGUUCUCCUACAAAGAUCUGCCUAGAGAACACAAGACUUGCUUGCUGUACCUAGCCAUCUUUCCUCAAGGCCACAACAUCAGGAGAUCAACCUUAAUUGGACGAUGGGUCACGGAGGGGUUGAUAACUAAGCAAGACUGGGCCACUGCAGUGCAGCAUGCGGAGCAAUGUUUUGACACCCUGAUUAAACGAGGGCUUAUAUUGCCUCAUGAUAUUGGUGCUGCAGGAAAGGUCAAGAGCUGCAUGGUAGGUGAUCAAGUCCAUGGGUUUAUCACCGAGGUCGCAGAAAAAGAGCACAUUCUGGAUGCACGCCUUUCUGAUCUUUGGGCUCGCCACUUCUCCAUCUUUAGUGGUCUCCGACUCCGUGCCUCUGAUGGCAUCGAGAAGUUUGUAUACAAGCUCCCCAAAUAUUCACCACAACUGCCGCUCCUGAAGGUGUUAGAUCUAGAAGGCACUCAAUGCUAUGACAAAAAUCACUACCUCAGGGACAUUUGCAACAAGAUAUUACUUCUCAAGUAUCUGAGCCUAAGAGGAACAAAUGUUAGAUAUCUACCCAGUGAAAUAAACAACCUCCAUGAGCUAGAGGUAUUGGAUAUCCGGGAAACUAUGGUGCCUGAGCGUGCAACAAGGAAUAUCCUACUGCUGAAGCUGAGGCGCUUCUUGGCUAGCCGUGUUGAUCCAAAUUCAAGACCCAAUGAUAAGUCGCCACGCUUUCCUGUCCAGAUUCCUUUCAAGAUUGAGAAAAUGGAAAAUUUGGAGGUACUAUCAAGUGUCAGGGCUUCAGGGGAUGGCCGUGAGUUGAAAGAGAUAAGACAUCUAUGGCAGCUAAGGAAGCUCGGUGUGGUUAUUGAAGACAGAAACAAUCACCUCGAGAGGUUGCUUCGAGCCAUCGGUGACCUAAAAUAUUGCCUUCAGUCCCUUUCAAUCACUAUAUCCUACAGCACCAGAACUAAGAGCACUCUCUCCAACAAAGAGAUGUAUGAUCUGUUAAGACAAAGUCCCAAGCAUCUUGAGAGCCUAAGCAUCAAUGGAGUCACACAAAGUGGGCAGCUCCUUGAAGUGCUGGCCAAAGGUAGCGAUGAACUUGCCAAGGCAACUCUGACUGGUACCUUGUUGGAAGAGCGUGAUCUGAUGGUCCUUGCCGUGCUUCCCAAAUUACACUCUGUCAGACUCCGAUCCAAUGCAUACAAUGGGAGAGAGCUCACCUUCAAGAAGGAUGUAUUUCCACAACUCAAAUACUUUCUUGUUGAGGGCUCCAACAAGGCUGUGACUGACAUCAAGUUUGAAGAUGGAGCAACUACUGAGCUCGAGAAGAUUGUUUUGUCCUCCACCAACAUAAGGUUUCUUAGUGGGAUCGACAACCUUCCAAAAUUGAAGGAGCUUGAAUUGGAAGGAAACCAGUCCCUACUUUCAUUUUCUCAAGACAAAGCAUCUCCUGAGCAAAGCGCCGAGAGUGGAUCCGCUGAGCAGAACACAAAGGGCGAAGCUACCCAGCGAAACACUCAGAGUAGGGCUCCUGAACAAAACAGCGAGAGUAGAACUCCUGAGCAAAACACUCGGAGCAGAGCUGCCGAGAGAAUCACCGAAAGCAGAGCACCUGAGCAAAACAACGAGAGUAGAGCUCCUGAGCAGAACACUGGGAGCAGAGCUGGUGAGGAAAUCACCGAAAGUAGAGCAGCUGAGCAAAACAGCGAGAGUAGAGCUCCUGAGCGAAACACUGAGAGCAGAGCUGCCGAGGGAACCACCGAAAGCAGAGCACCUGAGCAAAACACCGAAAGCGGAGCAGUUGAGCAAAACAGCGAGAGUGGAUCUGCUCAGCAGAACACAGAGGGCAGAGCUGCUGAGCAAAACAUUCAGAGUAGAGCUCCUGAACAAAACAACGAGAGUAAAGCUCCUGAGCAAAACACUGGGAGUAGAGCUGCUGAGGGAAUCACUGAGAGUAGAGACCCUGAGCAAAGCAACGAGCGCAAAGCUCCCGAGCAAGACAGUCAGGGUGCAACUCCGAAGAAGAGCACCGAGAUUAGUGCUCUUGAUCAGAACACUGACACCAAUAGUAAGUUCAUCUUCAAGACAGGAAAGUUCCAACAUCUCAAGUAUUUUCGUGUUGAGAGCUCCAAAAUGAUCAACGUCAUCUUUGAAAAUGGAGCAGCUCCUGAGCUCAAGAAGAUUGCCUUGUCCUUGACCGACAAACAACACCAGCUCCGUGGGGUUAGUCACCUUCCAAAACUGAAGGAGAUCGAGUUGAAGGGUGAGAAGUUCCUUUCAUUAUUUGACAAUGCUGAUAAAAUUGACAACGCUGAUAAAAUUGCCAAGGUGACUCUUUGUGAUACUCACCUGAAGAAGGGAGAUGUACAAAUCCUUGCCAAGCAAGAAAACCUGCGCUGCCUAGAGCUCUCAAUCAAGUCUUAUGAUGAUGAGGAAGGCCAUCUAGUCUUCCACAAAGAUGAGUUCCCAAAUCUUGACCUUCUUAUUGUUGAGUGUCCUACCAUCAGCAGGAUCAGCUUCACCGAGGGAUCUGCUCCUAAGAUUGAAAAGAUUGUUUGGUCCUUCAAGGAGAUGAAGUCUCUCUUUGGCAUUGACAACCUUCCGAGACUGAAGGAGAUUGAGUGCAGUGGUGACCAGGUCCCAUAUCAGGUGAGAAGAGACGUUGCAGCGCAUAAAGCCCGACCUGUUCUUACACACAAGCCACAACAACAAGACCAAGCAAAAGAAACGAGCACAACAAAAAAGGACGAUGAUACAAGGUGCGCACCAAUCUCCCGCUUCUUGAAGAUCAAGAAUAAAAAAAUUGAAAAGAAGGAUGAAGAAUCGGCGCUGGUUGACUGAGAAAAGGUUUGCAAGGAUUUCACUCUCCAUCAUCCGCAUCACUAUCCAUUCAUAUCACUGCUUCCCAGAACUGCAGGCCUGUUUGUCAUGCUAUCCAUGUGCGUGCUUGUCAUGGUAUCUCCUUCAAUCUCUUGUGCUUGUGUGCAUGUAUGUUUUUUAAUUUCCAUCAGAGUUGUGUGCAUGUUUGUGCCUGUUGUGUAUGUGUUCUCCUUCAGUUCAUUAUGAGCGGAGGAACACUUGUAUCAAUGAUGAAAACUGGUGUGAGGAGUAACAGAAACUGUCACAUAAUAGUUGUCAAAUAUUGUCAUUCUGUGACGAGUCAAGCGAUUUCGUCAUUGUGUUCUUGUAAUGGCUGAUGUAAGUAUGCUAUCCAUAUGCGUACCUGACAAGAAUAAUCUAUGAUGAAUUGUGUGCUGUAAGGUUUGAUGUAGUAUUUGCUCCUCCUUUUUAAUCCCUGCAACAGGAAGACUGGACAUAUUUUGA